AUGGCAGACAGCGAGCAGCUAAAGUCUUUGGUGCAGCAAAGCUAUGACAAGAUCGCCCAGGAGUAUAACGACUGGACGUCAGCGAUUGAAUCGCCUCGCGUGCCUAAACUGCAUGAUCUGCUAGCCCUCGUCCCAAACUCUUCUGAAGGGGCUGUCCUUGAGCUUGGUUGUGGUGCCGGGAUACCAGGGACGCAGCUCCUUGCCAGCAAGUUUCGCACGGUUGUUGCCAACGAUAUUUCCGAUGCACAGAUCGAUUUCGCCAAAAAGAACCUCCAGUCCGACAAGGUGAAGUUCAUCGCUGGUGACAUGACGAAGCUCACAUUUGCGCCUUCCCAUUUUGACGCGGUAGUUGCUUUCUAUUCCAUCAUUCAUCUACCAAGAGAGGAGCAGCUUGGCAUGUUCAAACAGAUUUCUUCUUGGUUGAAGCCUGGUGGUUAUUUGCUGUGCAACCUGGGCACAACAGACGAUCCAGGAAAGAGUGUAACUUGGUUAGGCGACACCCAGAUGUUCUGGAGUGGAUUUGAUGCCGAUAAAUAUCAUCAAAUUCUUACUGAACGUGGUCUUGGCUUAAUCAAGUCUGAGAUCAUCCCUGACGAUGAAGACGGCAAAAUUACCCCUUUCUUAUGGGUUCUUGCACAGAGGAGCAGCUGA